GCCAGGAAAAUGGCUCAGGGAAGGCAAGCGUCCUGGCGAACGAAUGCGACGCCCGGCAGGAAGUGGAGAGGGGCCGCCCGCACGGCGGCAGCCCAGUCCGGCCUGUGGUCAACCUCCGGACACUCCCGCAGCGCCAACGGCCGCUCCCCGCUCAGGAGACGCGGAACCCGGAGGGCAGGGCCGGCGGGGGUCGGCUUACCUUGUCCUCGGGGUCCUUGACCUCCACGAACAUGCCGAGCCCGGGGGUGGCCGGCUGGUACUCCUCCCGCUGCUUGUCAUACAGCUGCGUUCGGUUUCGUCUUGAUAUAUAUCGAUGUUUGGCCAGUCCAGCUCUAAUAAUGUUAACAGAGGAGGAUCCAAUUCUGCGAGCAUUUGAACUUAGUGCUGAUUUAAAAGAACUAAGCCUUGUGGAGGUGGAAUUCAGGAAUGAUUAUGAGGAACUAGCCCGGCAAUGUAAAAUGUUUGCUAAAGAUUUGCUUGCUCAAGCCCGGAAUUCACGUGAAUUGGAAGUUAUUCUAAACCAUACAUCUAGUGAUGAGCCUCUUGACAAACGGGGAUUACUAGAAGAAAGAAUGAAUUUAAGUCGUCUAAAACUUGCUAUCAAAUAUAACCAAAAAGAGUUUGUCUCCCAGUCUAACUGCCAGCAAUUCCUGAACACUGUUUGGUUUGGACAGAUGUCAGGUUACCGACGUAAGCCUACCUGUAAGAAGAUAAUGACUGUUUUGACAGUAGGCAUAUUUUGGCCAGUUUUGUCACUUUGUUAUUUGAUAGCUCCCAAAUCUCAAUUUGGCAGAAUCAUUCACACACCUUUUAUGAAAUUUAUUAUUCAUGGAGCAUCAUAUUUCACAUUCCUGCUGUUACUAAAUCUAUACUCUCUUGUCUACAAUGAAGAUAAGAAAAACACAAUGGGACCAGCCCUUGAAAGAAUAGACUAUCUUCUUAUAUUGUGGAUUAUUGGAAUGAUUUGGUCAGACAUUAAAAGACUCUGGUAUGAAGGGUUGGAAGACUUUUUAGAAGAAUCUCGUAAUCAACUCAGUUUUGUCAUGAAUUCCCUUUAUUUGGCAACCUUUGCCCUGAAAGUGGUUGCGCAUAACAAGUUUCAUGAUUUUGCUGACCGGAAGGAUUGGGAUGCAUUCCAUCCUACACUGGUGGCAGAAGGGCUUUUUGCAUUUGCAAAUGUUCUGAGUUACCUUCGUCUCUUUUUUAUGUAUACAACCAGCUCUAUCUUGGGUCCAUUACAGAUAUCAAUGGGACAGAUGUUACAAGAUUUUGGAAAAUUUCUUGGGAUGUUCCUUCUUGUUUUGUUUUCUUUCACAAUUGGACUAACGCAACUGUAUGAUAAAGGCUAUACGGCAAAAGAACAGAAGGACUGUGUAGGCAUCUUUUGUGAGCAACAAAGCAAUGAUACCUUCCAUUCGUUCAUUGGCACUUGCUUUGCUUUGUUCUGGUAUAUUUUCUCCUUGGCACAUGUGGCAAUCUUUGUCACAAGAUUCAGCUAUGGCGAAGAACUGCAAUCCUUUGUUGGAGCCGUUAUUGUUGGGACAUACAAUGUUGUGGUUGUGAUUGUGCUCACCAAGCUGCUGGUGGCAAUGCUGCAUAAAAGCUUUCAGUUGAUAGCAAACCACGAAGACAAAGAAUGGAAGUUUGCUAGAGCGAAGUUAUGGCUGAGCUACUUUGAUGACAAAUGCACAUUACCCCCACCUUUCAACAUCAUUCCUUCACCAAAGACUAUCUGCUAUAUGAUUAGUAGCCUCAGUAAGUGGAUUUGCUCUCAUACAUCAAAAGGCAAGGUCAAACGGCAAAACAGUUUAAAGGAAUGGAGAAAUUUGAAACAAAAGAGAGAUGAAAACUACCAAAAAGUGAUGUGCUGCUUAGUGCAUCGUUACUUGACUUCCAUGAGACAGAAGAUGCAAAGUACAGAUCAGGCAACUGUGGAAAAUCUAAAUGAACUGCGCCAAGAUCUGUCAAAAUUUCGAAAUGAAAUAAGGGAUUUACUUGGCUUUCGGACUUCUAAAUAUGCUAUGUUUUAUCCAAGAAAUUAACCAUUUUCUAAAUCAUGUAGAGAAUAAUUUUCAAUAAUAAAUCUGAAAGACUAUACUGCAUAACUUGCAAUUAAUGAGCUAUAUAUUGAAAUAAAGAAUGAUGUAAAAGCCAUUUAAAAUAUUUAUAGUAUAAAUAUAUGUUAUGUAAAUUAUGUACAUAGAAUUAGUUUUCUAAAACCUUCUGUUAGUGGCUUUUUGCAGCAGUAAAACAGAUUAAGUAGAUAGAUUUUUGUUAGCAUGCUGCUUGGUUUUCUUACUUAGACGGUCCUUUAAAAUGUUUUCUUUUAGCCGGGCUCGGUGGCUCAGCCUGUAAUCCC